UGAGAAUUUCAAAACACUAAUCCGGCAGAAUCUUCAUUAAUCGUGUGGAUUUAGUGUCGUGUCUGUUCAAAAUGACGGUUGAAUGAGAAAUCAGAAAGCAGGCUGGACAGUUGCCAGUGUUUGUGUUGUCUUAUGAGUGUUAUUGAUGACAGUUAUUGAUCUUCAUCAUGAAGCUGAGUUCAUCAGUAUUUGCUUUAUUGUGUCUCAUAUGUGAGAUUGUGUCAAUCGCUCUUUUCCUGAGAGGAUUCUUCCCUGUUCCUGUCAAAUCAUCCUUUUCAGACAAGAGCAAAGAGACUGAUUUUCCUGCAGAGCCACAGACAGGAAGUGGUCCUAACUCCAGCAAGGCUCCCGUGCCGUUGUUCAAGCGGGUGGUGAUCGUCCUGAUCGAUGCUCUCAGAGAGGACUUUGUGUUCGGCUCUGAUGGCCGGAGGUUCAUGCCCUACACAAGACAUGUGGUGGAGAGAGGCUCUUCUCACAGCUUCAUCGCCAAAGCCAGACCGCCCACCGUCACCAUGCCCAGAAUUAAGGCUCUGACCACCGGCAGCAUCCCGGGCUUCAUAGACGUGGUGAUGAACCUGAACUCUCCAGCUCUGCUGGAGGACAAUCUCAUCUGGCAGGCCAAGAGUGCUGGCAAACGGAUCAUCUUCUACGGUGAUGACACUUGGAUUCGACUCUUCCCCAAACACUUCAUGGAGCAUGACGGCACUACCUCAUUUUUUGUGUCCGACUACACGGAGGUGGACAAUAACGUGACCCGUCAUCUGGAUGGCACUCUGAAGCGAGAUGACUGGGAUAUUCUGAUUCUGCAUUAUCUGGGUCUGGACCACAUCGGACACAUCAGCGGACCCCACGGCUCUCUGAUAGGACCCAAACUCAUGGAGAUGGACGACAUCAUCAAGAAGAUACAUGCCUCGCUCAUAUCAAAGGAAUCUGAAGGGACGUUGCCCAACUUACUGGUUCUGUGUGGAGACCACGGCAUGUCUGAAACCGGCAGUCACGGCGGAUCGUCAGAACCGGAAAUCAACACGCCCCUUGUGCUCAUCAGCCCCGCCUUCAGGAGGAAAGCGGGAUUUGAGGAGCCGGGCGUCCUGGAGCAGGUGGAUCUGACCCCCACCCUCGCACUGGGUCUGGGGUUACCCAUCUCCAAGAACAGUGUGGGCCAUUUGAUUUCAGCUGUGUUUGAGGAGUUAUCACUCAGAGAACAGCUGCGCCUCCUCCAGAUCAACGGACACCAGCUCAGCCGCCUCCUACAGGACAGCAAUCCCACCUUCCACAAGG